AGCGCAUGAUGUCACAGCCUUGGUGCGCCUCCCCUGCAGUCUGCUGGGACCGACACAUUUGAAUAUCUGCGCUCCAAACUUUUGCGCUCGCCGCCGCCCUCAGUCGGAGCGCCGGGCAGCGGUGGGUGUGAUGCCGUUGGACGUGUGCUCGCUGUGCCGCUGGCGGGGCGCUGUGCCUGCGGUUGGGCAGCAGUAGAGACGGUGAGCAGCGGCGGCACAGGAGCUUUAUGUUACAGGACUGCACCUCGGAGACAAGCGGCCGCCCGGAGCCCCUCAGCAUGCGGGUCCUGUUGAGCCUUCUGUACCCGCUCCUCUCCCUCGUCCUCUUCGGAUUGUACCCGUCUAUGACCAUCGGCCCAAAGGAGGGCUGGCAGGUGUACAGCUCGGCCCAGGAUGCCGACGGCCGCUGCAUCUGCACGGUGGUGGCCCCAGAACAGAGCCUGUGCUCCAGAGACGCCAAGAGCCGCCAGCUCCGCCAGCUGCUCGAGAAGGUGCAGAACAUGUCUCAGUCCAUCGAAGUGCUGAACCUGCGGACUCAGAGGGAUUUCCAGUAUGUCAUGAAGAUGGAGAAUCAGAUGAAGGGCCUGAGGACCAAGUUUAGACAGAUUGAGGAUGACAGGAAAUCCAUCAUGGCCAGAAACUUCCAGGAGCUUAAGGACAAGAUGGACGAGCUGAAGCCUUUGAUCCCCGUGCUGGAGCAGUACAAGAUGGAUGCUGCGCUCAUCUCCCAGUUCAAGGAGGAAAUCAGGAACCUGUCGACGGUGCUGACGGGCAUCCAGGAGGAGCUCGGGGCCUACGACUACGACGAGCUGUAUCAGCGAGUUCUGCGACUGGACAGCAGGCUCCGCAGCUGCAUGGGCAAGCUCACGUGUGGGAAAUUAAUGAAAAUCACUGGACCUGUUACAAUAAAGACAUCUGGAACCCGGUUUGGGGCAUGGAUGACUGAUCCUCUAGCAUCCACCAGAAACAACAGGGUCUGGUACAUGGACAGCUACACCAACAGCAAGAUCGUGCGUGAGUUCAAGACGAUGGAGGACUUUGUAGCCGGAGUGGUUUCCCGAACCUACAACCUCCCAUUUAAAUGGGAGGGAACUAAUCACAUCGUCUACAAUGGAUCGCUUUACUACAACAAGUACCAGAGCAACAUCAUCGUCAAGUACAGCUUCGAGACAGGCAGCGUGCUGGCCCAGCGAGCUCUGGAGUUCGCCGGUUUCCACAACAUGUACCCGUAUACGUGGGGGGGGUACUCGGACAUCGACAUCAUGGCCGACGAACUGGGAAUGUGGGUUGUGUAUGCGACCAAUCAAAAUGCUGGAAAUGUUGUCAUUUCCCAGAUCGACCCCGACACCCUGCAGGUCCUGAAGACCUGGAACACCGAAUACUCCAAGAGGAACGCGGGAGAGUCAUUCAUGAUCUGCGGGACGCUCUACAUCACUAACUCUCACCUGUCGGGAGCAAAGGUUUACUACGCCUUCUCCACCAAGACUUCGACGUACGAAUACAUAGACAUUCCUUUCCACAACCAGUACUUUCAUAUCUCCAUGCUCGACUACAAUGCCAGAGAGAGAGCGCUGUACGCCUGGAACAAUGGACACCAAGUAAUAUUUAAUGUCACCCUAUUUCAUGUCAUAAAAACUGACGAUGACUCCUAAAGCACCAUCCGUUGUGAUAUAAGGACCUCCUGAUUAACAAUGUUUUCUUCAGUCAAGAAUGAACUAUGGUAUCGCGCCACUGCUUGAACUUUUCGGCUUCGUGGCUGAGCUGAGCAUGGACACCAGUGACUCGACACCCUAAUGGAAAAUCUUCUUUCUUUUGUUUUUACAUGUUUCCUUUGCUGCUGAUCGGACUGGUUUGCCUUAUUUGCCGUGUGCUGGGUCUGCUAGCUGAAGACUUUUCAUAGGUUUUGCAUGAAUGUGCAUAUUUUCUCUGCAGUGUUUUCAUAUAAUGUAGCUGUGUUUAUGUUGUAAAUCUGUUUUGCUUACAGUGCCGACUGCUUUUUUGUCUAUUUAAAAGUAUUUAAAACUUAAAGGCCUCUCCUGCUACAGUGUAAAGCUAGCUGGUUAUAAAAUAUUGCUGCCAUUCUUUUCAAGAUGGGCCUGUAUAAUAAUGUUGUUAUGUAUGUCUCUGUGGAAGAAGAACGUUUGUAUUUUUUAUAAAAGAACCAUUGAGAAUAUCUGUGCAUUUUCAUGAAGAUUAAACUGCUGUACAUUUCAUUAUAAAAUGAGUUUGGCUGGUAAGAUUGAUAUCUACC